AUGGCCGCCAACCGUGUCUCCGCCAAGUCCCUGGGCCUCACCGACAAGGAGGUGACGGUCCUCUUGUACGGGAUCCUAUGCCCAUCCCCAGACGGCAGCCGGAACCCGGUCGACUACGAGAAGUUGGCCCGAGAGCUCGGUUAUGCCUACUCCUCGAUCAAGGUCUUGUACGGCAACGCCCGUCGCAAGCUGAUCCGGGAAACUGGCAUUAGCCCUGCUACUCGUGGCUCUGCACCUGCUACCUCUGGUGCAACUGAUACUUCUGCUGGUUCUACUGCUGGUCUUGGUGGUUCUGCCUCUGCUGCGGACGAGGAUGAGGAAGGUGAGACUUCCUUUAAGCCUCGCAAGGUCCGACGUGCUUACGAUUCUCGUAAGCGCAAGGCGAGGGAAAUUGACGAGGAGGAUUAUUAA